UUCAUAAGAUGUAGGAGCAGAAUUAGGCCAUUUGGUCCAUCGAGUUUGCUUCACUAUUCAAUCAUGGAUGGUCCUUUUUCCCCUUUUUCUCCCCAACCCCAUAAACUUUAAAAAAAAAAUUAUUAAUUUUUUAUGUUUCUAUAAUGCAACAAAAAACAGAAAAAAAGGUUUAUACAGUACAAAACAAGUGUAUCAAAUGUACAGUUCAUAACAGUUAAGGAAAAGUACCCAUAGUAGAAUUGUAUAAAGUUAGUUACCACUCCAUCCUCUCACUACCCAACUCCAAGCCAACUUUACGAUAUAUAGAAAAAUUAAUCAGAACUUUUAUCACCACAGAGCUGUAUUUAUAAAAAGAAGGCAUAUUAUCUACUACCUGAGCUAUAAUAUGUUUACACAUAAAAAACAUAAAUCUUAACUGAAAGAAGCUGGAAGUAAGGGAUUUAAAUGCAUAAGAAAAAAGGAGGGAUGAACCCUUAAUCUAAACGGGAAUUAUGAAAAUAUUCAAGAAAAGGUCCCCCCACCUUUUGGAACUUUAUGUCCAAAUUAAGAAGUGAAUAAUGAAUCUUUUCAAGGUCUAAGCAGGAUAUAAUUUCUCUGAGUCUUUGUCAAAGGGGGCUCACCUCAAAAUUGCUAACAUAUCUCAAAUAGUAGAUAUUAAACUUUUACCCAAUGAGUUCAUAUGAAGAAACAAGUCCACAAUGUUUUUGUCGGGUACCACAGGAAAGUUUGUUAUUAAAGGGUUGAUAAAAUGUCUAAUUUGGAAAUAUCUAAAGAAAUGAGUGUUGCGUAGGUUGAACUUUACAGACAGUUGUUCAAAAGUUGCAAAGCGAUUGUCUAUGAAAAGGUCUUCAAAGCACCUAAUGCCCUUUCUGUGCCAGUCUUGAAAUGUUAAAUCUUGCAUAGAAGGCUGAAAAAGAUGAUUAUGUAGAAUAGGACUAGAGAGAGAGAGAGAAACAGUGAAGACCAUUAUGUUUUCUGAACUGAGCCCAUAUUCUCAGAGUGUGUCUGAUGACAGGAUUAACAAUUGGUUUAGGCAGAUGUCAAAGAAGUGCGGAGAUGGAGAAAUUCUUAUUAGAGUUCAACUCCAUUGCCACCCAUAUUGGGCAGCCAGACUGAUCAAAAAAAGUAAGACCAGAAGAUAAUGUAUGUUGGCUGCCCAGUAAUAUAAGCAGAAAUUGGGCAAGGCCAUACGACCUACCCUUUUAGGUUUUUGAAGGUGAGCUUUAUUUAGUCCGGGACAUUUGCCCUUCCAUAGAGAGGACAAAAGAAUAGAAUCUAACAAGUCAAAAAAAGCUUUAAAAAUAAAAAUUGGUGAAGAUUGAAAUAACUAUAAAAAUUUAGGAAGGAUAUACAUUUUAACGACAUUAAUUCGACCUAUCAGAGAGAUGUACAGGGUUGACCAUGUACUAGACUCUGACUUGUAUGAUGGAGAAUAUGAAAUUCUAAUAUUUGUGCUUCUCUAUUUAUUGGAAAUAGUUCAUUCUUAUGUGAACUAAGUUUGUAUCCAGAAAGCUGGCUAAAUUUAUUAAGGAGUGAAAACAUUGGGGAUAAGGAGGUAGUUGGGUUUGACAUAAAAAGUAAAAGAUCAUCAGCAUAAAGAGAGACUUUGUUCUCAACAACCCCCUCCCAAUCCCCAUCAAUUCAGCACAGCUACGAAAUGGAAUCACCAAUGGCUCUAUGGCCAGAUCAAAAAGUAAGGGACUUCAAGGGCACCCUUGCCAGGUACCACGUUUAAGGUUGAAAGGUUGGGAUUGCUGAGAGUUGGUCAGGACAGAAGCAGUGGGGUGUGAAUAUAACAAUUUAAUCCACGUAAUAAAACUUUGUCUAAAAUCUAAUUUUUCUAAAACUGCAAAAAGAUAAUUCCACUCCACAAGAUCAAACACUUUCUCCGCAUCUAGAGAAAUGACACAUUCAGGAAUCCCAGCUGAAGGUAAGUAUAAGAUAAUAAAUAGAUGCCCGUUUAUCAAAAAAAGGGAGACUAUUUUUAAUAAAACCAAAUUGGUCUUAGGAAUAAUUAAGGGUAGAAUGUUCUCCAAUCUGUGGGCCAAAAUUUUAACAUCAACAUUUAGCAAAGAAAUCGGCCUGUACGAAGAACACUCUGUUGGAUCUUUGCUUUUUUUUUGCUAGAAGAAUGGUACAUGCCUCAUUAAAUGAUGCUGGCAAUUUACUAUGUUUAAAUGAGUUGGAUAAAACUAAAAUUAGUUGAGGCGAAAGCAGUGAGGAAAAUGAUUUAUAGAGUUGUUCAGGGAACCCAUCAGGUCCAGGAGAUUUACCAAACUGCAUUACAGAAAUAGCUGAGGAUAUUUCCUGUAGUGAUAAUGACUAAUUCAGUUUUACUUUGAGAUUAGAAGAAAGUGUAGGAAUAUUUAAACUAAGAAAUGCUCAACAGAAAUAGUAUCAUUUAAAGAUUCAGAGUUAUAGAAUUGAGAAUAGUUAAUCUUGAAUGUGUCAUUAAUUUCAGAAUGAUUCAAGGUAAUGUCCCCAUUUCCCAUUUGAAUUUUUGUAAUAUGUUGUUUAGCUUUAGAGCGUCUUAGUUGGUUGCCUAUAUAACCUUUGAUGCUGUGUCCAAUCAAGAAUUUAUCAAGCUCUUCCAUAAAUACACCCAAUGUCCUGUCCUCCACAGCUGCUUGUGAUAAUAAAUUCCCCAAAUUCACCACCCUCUGGCUAAAUAAAUUUCUCUGCAUCUCUGUUUCAAAUGGACACCCUUCUAUCCUGAGGCUGUGUCCUCUUGUGUUAGAUUCCCCCACCAUGGGAACCAUCCUUUCCACAUCUACUCUGUCUAGGCCUUUCAACAUUUGAAAGGUUUCAAUGAGAUCCCUCCCAUCUUUCUAAAUUCCAGUGAUUACAGACCCAGAGCUAUCAACCCUUUCAUUCCCAGAAUCAACCUUGUGAACUGUCCUUGGAUCCUUUCCAAUGCCAGCACGUCUUUCUUAGCUGAGAAGCACAAAACUGUUCACCAUAUUCAAGGUGAGGCCUCACCAGUGUCCUAUAAAGUUAUCACAUUCCUGCUCUCAUAUUCUAGCCCUCCUGAAAUGAAUGCUGACAUUGCAUUUGCCUUCCUCACCACCGACUCUACCUCCAAGUUGGCCUUUAGGAUGUUCUGCAUAAGGACUCCCAAGUCCCUUUGUAUCUCAGAUUUUGGAUCUUUUCCCCAUUUAGAAAAUAAUCUGCACAUUUAUUUCUACUACCACAGUGCAUGACCAUGCAUUUUCCUACACUACAUUACUUCAUUUGCCACUCUUGCCUAUUCUCCUAAUCUGUCCAAGUCCUUCUGCAUCCUACCUGUUUCCUCAACACUACCUGCCCCUCCACCAAUCUUUGUAUCAUCUGCAUACCUGCCAACAAUGCCACAAUUUCCAUCAUCUAAAUCAUUGAUAGACAGCAUAAAAAGUGGUCCCAAUACCGACCCCUUGCAGAAUACCACAAGUCACUGAAGCCAACCAGAAAAGGAUCAGUUUCUUCCCACUCGUUGUCUCCUGCCAAUUAGCAAAUACUCAAACAAUGCCAAUAACUUUCAUGUAAUACCAUGGGCUCUUAACUUGGUAAGCAGCCUCAUCUGUGGCACCUUGUUAAAGGCCUGAAAAUCCAAAUAUACAACAUCCACUGCAUCUCCUUUAUUCUAAUUGUAAUCUCAAAGAAUUCCUACAGGUUCGUCAGGUAAGAUUCUCCCUUAAGGAAAAUAUGCUGACUUUUUUCUAUCUUGUUUUGUGUUACCAAGUACUCCAUAAUCUCAUCCUUAACAGCACAAGUCACACUUGACCACCAGUCUCUGAAUUUUACACAGUCUGCAGUGAAAUACAACGUAUGGCUUGUUUUCUGCCCAGUGAACACUAGGGGGCAGCACCACACCGUCGCCGACACUCUGGUUGAUAAGGUCGGAUAUGGGAGGUUGUUUGAAAAGCUUAGAAUCCAUGGAAUCUAAGACAAGUUAGCAACCUGGAUCCAAAAUUGGUCUGGUUAUAGGAACAUUAUCUAUAUAUCGAGACUCCUGGAUAGGUAGAUGAAGCUAAGAAAAAUAGAGGGCUAUGGGUAACACUAGGUAAUUGCUAACUACAUGUUCGGCACAGCAUUGUGGACCGAAGUGCCUGAACUGUGCUGUAGGUUUUUUCUAUGUUUUCAGCUUGACCACUCCCUCCCCUCGUGUGCUGGUCUUUUAUGGGAGGGGCUGAAUGUAGAACGAUGAUUGGUUGUGUGGGUGGGGCGGGGCUAGGUUACCGGUCGAAACCUAGAUUGGCGGGAGCUCUGAACGAAAAGGGCGGGAUACCGUGUCUGGACGACACGUGAUUGGUGGAUAGGGACGAGUUGUGAUUGGUCCGUUGAAGGAGGCGGGGCGUCAAUAACAUGUCGCCUCCAGAACCGAAGAAACGGCGACGUUGUCUUUCGCUGCGGGAGCGAAGGUUUCGCAUCUCGGACGGAACCAGAAAGGAGUUAACGGGCACGGAUGAUGUCGCGGCGCCGCCCUGCCUCUUGAACAAAUUGUCGCGGCGAUAUCGGCAGAGAAGGGCCGGUGUUGGUGCUGUCCCCGUUUCCCCCGCGACCGGGGAGGCAGCGGCCUCCGUUUCCCCCGCGACCGGGGAGGCAGCGGCCUCCGUUUCCCCCGCGACCGGGGAGGCAGCGGCCUCCGUUUCCCCCGCGACCGGGGAGGCAGCGGCCUCCGUUUCCCCCGCGACCGGGGAGGCAGCGGCCUCCGUUUCCCCCGCGACCGGGGAGGCAGCGGCCUCCGUUUCCCCCGCGACCGGGGAGGCAGCGGCCUCCGUUUCCCCCGCGACCGGGGAGGCAGCGGCCUCCGUUUCUCCCGCGACCGGGGUGGCAGCCGCUGCCGGAGGCGGGUGGCGGGAUGCGGUCGCCCCGCCUUACUAUCUGGCGAACUUUCUGAUGGUGUUGGACGCGGUGCUGCUGAGCCCGGACGCCGAACUGUUGAACGAGGAAGACAAGCACUGGAUCCGGAUGUUCCGGGGUCUGUCGGGUGCUGCCCAGAAAGUCUAUGUGAGGCUUUUCCAGCGGAAACUGAAUUGGCUGAGGGUGAAACGACUGGAAUAUGUUGAGAUUAGCCCGGAUCUGGUGCCUAUCAUCAAUGAGCUGGCCCUCGCUGGCUUGGUUCAGACAGAUGCUGACCUGCACAAUGUCUCUGACGCCCUGAGCCUGCUCUCAGCCCCUGAGCUCAAACUGUUGGCUAAACACUUUCAUUUACGAACACAGAGUCAGAAGUCGUUGGUCCUCAGGUCAUUGCUACAACUGGCCAAGCGGCAGUCGAUCUUCAGCCUGAACCAGACCCUUGGCCCUUCCAUCCUGAGCAGGGUGAAGGAGAUGGUCGGACAAUGUGUGAGAGCAACUGUGGUUGCUCGUGCUGUGUUCUCACGGUUAUUGCUACUUUUCUCACUGACGGAGCCAACAGAUGAUGAAGAUGCAGCCUGUGUUGGUCAGAACCAACUGUCCACAGUCCUCAUGGUCAAUAUGGGACGGGUCACCUUCCCCAGCUAUACUGUCCUCAGGGAGGCGAGAAUCUUUCAGCACAGAGAGGACUUGCUCCGGUAUGAUGUGGCCUGUCAUACUCUGGUUGAGGUGGGAACAGCAAUGGCCAAUAAGGCCUGGAGAUCUGCUCUGGAGAUUUAUAAAGCUGCCAAAAAGACAUGGACUGAUUUGGAGAAGAGCAGUGACAUCAGGUUCUAUCGAGAGCUGCCAGUCUACCUGCGAUGUUUCACUGCAGGCUGGGUCUACACGAGAAUUCGCUUCAGAGGGGUUGAAAUUCUACAGCGGCUUGAUAUGUACAAAGAGGCAGUGGAAGAAUUGAAGAGCCUUCUGGACCAGGACAUCUUCUGUCCUGAGAGACGUGGCUGCUGGUGGGAUCGACUGACUCUGAAUCUCCUGCAACACCUCAAGCAGACUGACCAGGCAAUCCAUUAUCUGCGGGAAGGUCUGGCUGACACAUGUGUACACACGGGAUAUCGGCUGGCUCUGCAGCAGCGAGCGCUGCGGAUACGUGACUCUCCAGGCUUCAGAAAAUGGCACCACCUUCUUCAGGACUUGCCCGUGAUGGAUAUGGAACAAGUACCACAUGUGAUGAUAAAGGGACGGACUUGCCCAGGGAUGGGUAACGCCAUGUUUCUGCUGGAGGAGCAAGCUGAUUCCACAAUCAUCUGUUCUGUGGAGGCAGUCUCACUGGCCUACUAUCGACAGCAGGGCUUUGAUCAAGGGAUCCAUGGUGAAGGAGCUACAUUUUUAACACUAUUUGGACUUCUCUUCUGGGAAAUCAUCUUCCUGCCUGGAAUCCCUGAUGUUUUCCGUAGUCCGUUCCAGACCUGUCCUCUGGAUCUGUACACAGACUAUUUCUAUCGGCAACGGAAGGAACCUAUUGAAUUGAGGCUCAGCUUCCUGCAAGAUGCCUCCACGGAGACCCUGCACACACUCAUCGCUGAUGUGUGGAACAGUCACAAAGAUACAGCUAAUGCAUUAGUUAACUGGGAAAUCUUCAGUUCUCUUCAGCAGGCCCAGAGCCUCGUGAGCUGCCUGGGUGGUCUGUUCCUGAGUGGCAUUUGUAAGAUUCUGGCUGUGGACCUGAGGCACUGCCGUGGGGGUCUUCCUGAUCUGGUGGUUUGGAACAGCCAGAGCCUCCGAUACAAGCUGGCAGAAGUGAAGGGACCGACAGACCGCCUCUCCCACAAGCAGAUCGUCUGGCUGGACUGGUUGCGGAAACUCGGGGCUGAAGUUGAAGUCUGCCAUGUUAGUGCUGUUGGAGCACGUGCAAAACAGCUCAGCUGAACUUUCUGUAAGUGUGAUUUUUUUGUCACCACACUUCAACAGAUAUCUGAUGAACAUUUGAAAAAGCUUCCAGGGCUUUUCAAGCUGAUGUACAGGAAACUGCCUUGUAAAGUGAGGUCCAAGUAUCAGAUUGGUUCAGCUGCUUGGAGCUGUACUUUCUGUGAAUGUUACUCCACAGUUGCAGUGAGGGACAGGCUGCCUGAGACAGCUCAGUGCUUGAGUGAGGAUUUGGUUCCUACAAGCUCCACUGCAGCCUGGAGGAGAUGGUCCACUUUCUGAUCAAUGAAUGGAAACCUACAGCUUUACAAAAUGCUUUGAGGUGGAAACAGAAUUUGUUCUGAUUACCAACCAGGUUAGUCCCAUUCAUGCAGUACGUUCAUUCAGUUGGCUGUAGUACUCAUUAAAACGUGUAAAUGUUUAAAUAAAAAUUAACAGCAGUUCCAUAACCUAAAGGCUUGUAUGGCUCAAUUCUGUUGAUCUUUUGUAAAAGAAAAUCUAGAAUAUUACUAGAUCCUCCUAUACAUACUUGCCUUCACCAUGUAGAAACUGCAAGGGUCAAAAGACCAAUAGGAGUUAUAUACAGACCUCCGAAGGCAGUAGACGUGUGCUACGAACUACAAUGUGAGAUAGAAAAAGUAUGUUUAAAAAAAAAAGCAUUGUUACAAGUUGUGGGGAAGGAGAGUCGUAAGACCAGAGGAGACGGCCUCAGAAUAUAGGAACAUACAUAGAGGAACUGGGAUGAGGAGUGAAUCUGUGGAAUUCUUUGACACAGGCAGCUGUGGAGGGAAGUCUUUAUGUACAGUAUAUUUAAGGCAGAGGUUGAUGAAUUCUUGAUUGGUUAGGCUUGAAGGAAUAGGGGAGGAGGGAGAGAUUGGGACUGAGAAGGAAAAUUGGAUCAGAUAUGGUGGAGUAAACUCAAUGGGUCAAAUGGCUAAUUCUGCUUCUUUAUCUUACGGGCUUAUGGUCUUAUAAAAGUUGUCCCGCAUGCUUUUAAAUCUUUUCUCUCUCACUCUACACCUGCAUGCUCAGAAUAUUGCCAGGGAAUUCUAAGAAGAUAGGGUUGACCUCUUGAAACUCCAUAGAAAUCGAGUGAUAGAUGGGAAUGGCAGAAGUGCCAACAUUAAGUAUCACAUCCUAGACUUGGCAAUUCCUCACCUGCUGAGAAUGCUGGAAGCGGUCAGUCCCAGCUGUCCACGGGCAGCUCAGCCUGUCCUUAAGCCCCAAUUGUUGAUAUCCUGUGUGCAGUCAUACCCUUUUGCAGUUUUGUUUGGGACCCUUUCUGAAGGCCACUGUAUUACGCAUUCUGGGAUAUAGAUGGUAGAUAAUGUGAUUUAAUUAAAAAUGUAGACUCAGGGCUCCCACUGUUCGGUAGUAUUCACUGUCCAAUAGGAAGUAAAUGGACUCCAUGAAGAUAUUUACACCAAUAUACAGGAUUUAUUGCUUCACAUAAAGCACUGGCUGAAGUGUGGAAAGACUUUGUGAUAGAUACAAUGCAACACAGCCAAAAUACCCUCAGUCACAGAAACACCUGCCAAAUGUGGAUUAAAUAAAGCAGGCCUUGAGAAUAAAUAGCAGAAUAGAGAAAUGCAAAUAAAGACUGACAGUCUACUAGGAAUAUUUCAUUUACUAGUCUGUACGAGAGUUAACGUGCCUAAACUGCAGCAGAUCAGUAACGCUUCUGUCUAGGUAUGUGCACAGCUCCCAGGUUUUUUGCAUCUGAGCUUCUGAAAAUGGUCAUUUAUGAAUAAUGUCCAUAAGACUCGAGCUAAGGGGUAUGAAACACUGCAAAAACUCAUCAAAGCAAGUGGAUUUUAAUGAACAUUUUGCAGAAACUCUAUCACAUUUUCUAUUCAAAUAUUGCUGGUAGUUGUUGUUGAUUUUAAUUCUGGCUGAGGGCAAUGUGGACCCUCACACUGAGUUUUCCAGACUAGAUCUAGCUGGAGAUUUUAUCACAGGAGCUGAUGCAGGAGGAGGAUAUAAAUGCUUCAUGUAUCUUAAAUGGUAUAUCCUCUUGUGUAACAUAAUAACACUGAGCAAAUGGCUGUAAAUAAAUUACUGUAAGGAGAUUUAUCAGAAGCUGCAAGUGAUUUAAUUUAAAAGCAGACUACAGUGUUGUGGAAGAAAUUAAACUAAAUUUAAAACUAACAAAACCAGUUCCUUCCAGUAGUGAAGACUGAUCAGAGUUAAACACAAUUUUUGGUGGUUUUGCUGUUUGGCAGAAUGGCCAGGCCCAAAUUCUCCACUACACUCUGCAGAUGCUGCUUGUCCAGUAUUUUCCUCUUUUUUUAAAUGUUCAGAAUCUACUUCAAGGUUGUUUCUGGAGAUGUGAAGAAUGUUAUUGUACUGAGAGAGAAUCUGGCAGUGGAUUAAUCUUCCACACCAGUUCACUGGAUUUAAUUCAGCCACAGCUUCUCAAGAGGAUGUGGAGGAUUAUAAAAGGACUACAGCAGUUAUCAGAGCAUGUCUUAACAAGGGUUAAAAGGCAGUAACCCAGGGAGAGUCAAUAUACCAGGGGCUGGUAAUUAGUAAGGAUAAAGUGCAAAUUCUAUUAAAGAGCAGCAUUUGAAAGACAGGUUAAUGUUUGGGGCUGGAGUCUGACCGACCUGCAUUUAAUAAGCAAGAGAUUUCCCAACUCGCCGCUUUCCUUUCUCCUGAUCUCAGCAGCCUUUAGUACCCAAUCCUGCUGCACUUAUGGUAAAACCUAAGGAGUUCAGUGCCUACUUGUGCGAUUUCAGCUAGCUAGCAUAUGUUCAAUAGGAAUCUGGAAUCUAGGAUUCAUACAUUUACUGGAGACAUACAGAGCCAACAGCUCACUGCUAUACAAUGAGCUUCCGGAUCCUUCCUCACAGUUGGUUCACCCUCAACCCCACAAAUUUCCCAUGUUGAUUCAAUGAAGAUAACUGAGACUGCUGUUAAUCAUAAAUGGGUCGAUGCACUCUGCUAGGAAUGAACAGAUACCCAAAAUGCUGGUGGAACUCAACAGGCCAGGCAGCAUCUGUAGGAAGAAGCACUGUAGACAUUUCAGGCCGAGACCCUUUGCAGGACUAACUGAAAGAAAAGAUAGUAAGAGAUUUGAAAGUAGGAGGGGGAGGGGAGAUCUGAAAUGAUAGGAGAUAGGAGGGGGUGGGGUGAAGCUAAGAGCUGGAAAAGUGAUUGGCAAAAGGGCUACAGAGCUGGAGAAAGGAAAGGAUCAUGGGACGGGAGGCCUAGGGAGAAAGAGAGGGGGAGGGGAGCACCAGAGGGAGAUGGAGAACAGGCAAAGACUGAUGGGCAGAGAGAAGAAAAAGGAGGGGGGAAAAUAAAUAAAUCAGGGAUGGGGCAAGGAGGAGAGGAGGGGCAUUAACAGAAGUUAGAGAAAUCAAUGUUCAUGCCAUUCAUGCUGGAGGCUACCCAGAUGGAAUAUAAGGUGUUGUUCCUCCAACCUGAGUGUGGCUUCAUCUUGAUAGUUGAGGAGGACAUGGAUAAUCAAACCAGAAUGGGAAUGGGACGUGGAAUUAAAAUGUGUGGCCACUGGGAGAUCCUGCGUUCUCUGGCGGACAGAGCAUAGGUGUUCAGCGAAAUGGUCUCCCAGUCUGUGUCGAGUCUCACCAAUAUAUAAAAGGUCACACCGGACGCAGUAUACCACACCAGCCAACUCACAGGUGAAGUGUUGCCUCACCUGGAAAGACUGGGGCCCCAAAUGGUGGUGAGGAAGGAAGUGUAAGUGCAGGUGUAGCACUUGUUUCACUUACAAGGAUAAGUGCCAGGAGAGAGAUUGGUGGGAAGGGAUGGGGGGGGGAUGAAUGGACAAGGGAGUUGUGUAGGGAGCGAUCCUUGCAGAAAGCAGAAGGGGGGGGGGGAGGGUGAGACCCUCUUAGCUUAACCCCACCCCCUUCUACUUUCAAA